AUGUCUCGAACCAAACCGAAGAUGAACAAAUCGAACUGCACACUCGGAUCACUAACGGCAGGCACCGCGGGAUUUAUUGAGAAAUCAACGAAUGCAGACAUAUAUUGGACGAAGACACUGCCUGGUCUUCUAUUUGGGCGCGAAGUUUGCCUUGAUGUGCUCCACCUCCCCGUCGCCGAUCCGGAAGGCCUUGGCGAGGAUGUCGGUGGGCACGGGCGGCGUGGCGCCGAAGAGCGUCACGGCGAUUUGCUGCGUGCCCUGGAGCUGGCUGUUGAAGGCGGCGACGACGGCGGCGGGGCCGUACCCCCUGUUCUGCUGGAAGUGGACGAGGCCGCGCGGGAAGACGAAGACGUCCCCCAUGGUGACCGUCUUGGUGAAGAGCUUGUUGGCGGUGGUGAUGAAGCCGACCUCGAGCGUGCCCUCGAGGACGAAGAUGAUCUCGGUGGCGCGCGGGGUUCCAGGCUGAACCAGAGGAGUCUUCCUUCCAUUCCUUUGCUGCAAAGUUCGGAGAAGAAAAAUUGGGGGGAACACCGGGACACUUCUCUUGUUUUCCCAGGGUUCCAGGCUGAACUGGAGGAGUCCGAUCUUAUUAUUGCCAUCAAAAGUAAACAAACUGACGGUGCACCGGUCGUUCCAACUGCCACGGGUUUGCUUACGAAGCUGACCAGCGGCCAACGGUACGAAAACGCCACAUACUUUAUCCUAAGACUAAUACUAAUCAAAUGUGGUAGCUUGUUGCUUGCAACAUACCCAAGGAAGCUGCUGCUGCCAUCGUCGUAUAGCAGCAGCAGCAUGUUCAGACUGAGAUUGUUCUUCUGCAAAGAAAUAGGGUGA